AUGAUCCUCAACGUAACAGGGACCCUCACAAAAGUGAAAUCAUUGACCUAUGUCGAUAUCGCGAUGGGACUGCUGACAAUGGUUAUCUACGUCCAAAUUGUCCCGAUAUCCUUCCUAAUGUUUUACGCCUACCGCACACAGCCCUACGAGAUCUCUAACAAGACACCACGCUCCAUGCGACCUCGGGAAUACCAGGCCAUCGACGACGAUGUUGAUGACGAGCCAUUUAUGAAUGGAUUCAAGAAGCGGUACCAGGGCGGCUGGAUGGGACUGCAUGCUUGGGCCGUCUAUCUCAGUCCACUGACAUUGUUCAUGGAUGUUAGAGAAGCGUAUGUCAUGAUCCAUGAAGCUCGGGCUGCGUAG